AUGACUGCUGCAUUCUUAAAGCCAUCUUUUUCAGACGAGGACGUGACACAUACCAAGCUUCAUCGCCGCCAACAGCAACAAGCCAAUUACUACAACAGAGGCGCACAAGACCUCCAGCCUUUAGAGCCCGGAGAUACCGUGCGAGUUGAGCCCUGGCGCGCGGGAAGAAAACAGUGGCAAAAGGGUGUCGUAAAGAGUCGCAUUGACGAAAGAUCUUACGAGGUUAAGCUGCCUCAAGGACUCCUUCGACGAAGUCGUGUUGAGCUACGCAAGUCCAAUGAAGCGCCUAGAUCAACGUUGAAGAUGACGACGUCAUAG